AGUGAGCAAUCAAAGCAAAGAGAGCGAAAGGGAGAGCAACAGAGAAAGUGAGAGAGAGAGAGAGAGAGAGAGAGAGAGAGACAGAGAGAGCGAGAGAGAGCUCUCCGAAUUGUGAGUGGCUUACGACACUCAGUGAACAGUCUGUGUUUCUGCAUGCACUGUCAGUGUACCGGUCUGCUGCGAGGGAUUGCGCGCUCCUUUGGCUUCCAUAUUUACCGCCCCUGCUUGCCCACCAGCACUAACCUUCAGCACCCUCUUCCAUCCGGCUGAAAAUCCCCCGGAGAACAAGGGAGGGAGUGAAACCUGCAAGCCACUGGGGAUGCAAGAGGCUGUUUUUUUGUUUUUGUUUUUCUUUAAACCCACAUCUGCAACUGACAUGGAAUACUGUCAAAUAAGAAAACAGUGAACUGGGUUCACCUCUUUAAGUCUUUUUUUUUUACCUCUGUCGACAGCAUCCAUCACUGAAAGCAUGAUUAACCGCUUGGACGGAUUAAAACCUUACAAAUUAAUGAUUGCUCCCAGAGAUGGGUGAUAAUAUGUAUCCCGGCAGACCUGCUGAAACUUAAGCAAGUGGAGGUGGAGAAAAGCAGAAGAUAUUUUUUUUAAAAUGUACUCUUCACCUCAUGAUCAUUGCAGCAGAGGACUGCGGAGGAGCUGAAGAGAUCGAGCUCAUACAUACAGACUGGGGAACUUGCGCUUUCUACCAUCUCCCCACUUGGAUUCCGUCUCUUUCACUUGAGGAGAACUAAGACAUUGUAAGCCUGCCAAGGAUCUGGUGUCCGCUGAAAGGAAAGAAGGGAGGGGGUGAUGGUGAAUUUGUACCACAGUAGGGUCCUUUUUAGAUCCACACAUAAUUAGUGUUGGGGCACAAAGCGGGACGCUGAAUGGAGAUUGUCAGCUUUUGGAUAGGGGUGAGUAGGAAUCUUUUCAGAUAAGAUUGAUCUAUGAGGACAUUUUUUUCAUCUUUCCUCUCCACCCACCGUUUGAUCUCUAUCAUAAGCAAAGAGACUAUCAUUUUGGACAAGGAUUUCCUCUGCUGACCAAAUGAGAAAAAAUUAAACCCGUGUUGAGAUAAAAUACAUACAAAGAAAAAAGCAAACAAAAUAAAUAAAAUAUGAUGUUCUACAUAUGAUGUGAUAGGUGGACAAAAAAUAUCCAGAGUGAAUGGACAUUUGCUCUGUAAAAUCCCUGGAUAUUUAUGCUGAUGGAUUUCCUUCUAAUUGGACUGUAUUUAAAGUGGCCAGUGAAGAAGCCCCCUGGGUUGAUACUGUGUUCGUUGGGCAUUUUUUUAAGAAUGGUUCCCAUGGUGGAGGGGGUUUGUCCGAGGCUGUGCCGCUGCGACAGCAAGCUGCUUUACUGUGAGGGGUUGAACCUCACAGACAUUCCCCAGAAUUUGAGCAGCGCCAUGGGCUUGUCCAUGAGAGAGAACAACUUGACUGAACUGCGUGAAGGCCAACUGGCUGGCCUGUCACAGCUCACCUGGCUCUACCUUGAUCACAACAACAUUGACAUUGUGGAGGAGACUGCAUUUGACAAGCUAAGGCGGGUCAAAGAAUUAGACCUGAGCAGCAACCGAAUUGAGGGCCUGCCAAAUGGUACUUUUAGGCCCCUCCCAAACUUGCGUAUCCUGGACAUCUCAUACAACAGGCUGCAGGCUCUUGAGCCUGACUUGUUUCAUGGCCUUAGAAAGCUCACCAAUCUGCAUUUGCGCUACAACGCUCUCAAAUUUGUGCCAGUACGGAUUUUUCAAGACUGCCGCAGCAUGCAGUUCCUCGACUUGGGAUACAACCAACUGCAGAGUCUAGCACGGAACUCCUUCGCUGGACUCUUCAAGUUGACAGAGCUGCAUCUCGAGCAUAACAAGCUGGGCAAAGUCAACCUAGCCCAUUUUCCUCGGCUCAUCUCUUUACGUAUCCUGUAUAUGCACAACAAUCGAGCAACAAUUGUUGUCAAUACCCUGGACUGGACAUGGCAUUUCUUGGAUAAGAUUGACUUAUCUGCCAAUGAAAUUGAGUACAUUGAGCCACAUGUCUUUGAGAGUGCACCCAACCUCAAGGUAUUGAUGCUAGACUCCAAUCGGUUGACUUCCAUGGACCAGCGCAUCUUGGAUUCAUGGUCCUCCUUGAACAGCAUUACCCUGGGAGGGAAUGAUUGGGAGUGCAGCCGCAAUGUUUGUGCCUUGGCCUCUUGGCUGAGUGCCUUUCGGGGGCAACGUGACAAUUCAUUGCUGUGUUCAAGCCCAGACACUGCACAAGGUGAGGAUGUCUUGGAUGCUGUCUAUGCUUUUCAGCUCUGUGAAGAUCCCCCACUGGAAGUUACCUCAGCGGGUCUGCAUGCCUCCACAAGGGACCUGGUCCAAGGUGGCUCCGUGUUCCUUGGCCCAUUUACCCCCAACCCUUAUGAUGGUGAAGACGGUAAAGGGGUCCCCAGUUCUUUCACUGUCACAGUGGGACAUGACGACCUGGAGAGUACCAUGCAGAUCCACAAGGUUGUGACUGGCACUAUGGCACUCAUCUUUUCCUUCCUCAUCAUUGUGCUCAUGUUAUAUGUGUCAUGGAAGUGCUUUCCAGCCGGAAUAAGACAACUGAGGCAAUGUUUCAGCAGUCAGCGUCGUAAACAGAAGCAAAAGCAAAGCAUGCAGCAGAUGGCUACGAUUUCUACACCAGAGUACUAUGUUGACUAUAAGCCUAACCAUAUUGAGGGAGCUCUGGUUAUCAUAAAUGAAUACGGCUCCUGUACUUGCCAACAGCAACCUUCUCGGGAAUGUGAGGUGUGACCUGGGGCUGACAGCACGUCACCCCCCCAUGAUUAACUGACGAUCGGCUAAUAAUGUUUUUGAUACACUGAAACGGAAGGAUUAAAUGUAUAUUUUGGUCACACUUUACACAGCUUCUCACUGUGAUAUGGAAUGAGUUUGCUUCAAGCAGCUGAUCAUUUUGCUGUUUCUUUAGUGAUUUGAUGCUACAAGGCAAAAUGGGCUCCUGACGUUUGGAACUGUUAAUGUAAUAGCAACACUGAGAGGAAUACAUUAGAAGCUGCGCAAACUUUUUUUUCCCCCUUGAGUGAUGUAUAUUUUAGCUUUAAUGUGUCUUUCUACUUCAUUGACAUGUAAUUAAGCUGUGGAAACAAACAAAAAAAGAAAUAAAAAAUAUUUGUAUUAUGGUAAACAAUAUUUGACAAGGAUCUAACAUAUAUAAAAACAUAUUUAAGUUGGAUUAAAAAUGUAAAGAUACAACAACGUGUAAAAAUGUUUAAAGAAGUGGAACUGUUAAAAAAAUGCUCAAGAUAUUUCUUUUGUAAACUAAAAAAAAUAUUUAAAUAAAUGAAUUGCUAUUCACAGUGAAAACACUUGUAUGUGAGACGCUUAUCACAAAGGAUGGAUGACAACAUUGCUUGUCAAGCAAUACCUCUGCAGUCCUUUGACCACAAAACAAAAACAACAAAACUAGCUAACUAACUAGAUAUGAAAGGGGCAGAGAGAUAUUUGCAUCUCAAAUGUAAUCUCCAUGAUUUACAUUUUACUCAAUCUAUUUUAAAUGACGUGUGUUGAUUUAUGAUUCACUGUGUUGGUUCACGAGCAGUGUAGUUUGAUCCUCUUUUGCUUUAAAAUAACUUGAUCAAGUAAUUACAUUAUGAUCAUUUGGCAUAUCUGUGUACCAUCAAAGUAAAGAAAGCAGAAUGUCAACUAUAUAAAUCACUCAUUGCUAAUGAAUCUUUGGCUUUCCUGGUGGCUUCACUGAAUCAAGCACGUAGAGGACAACUACCAUUUAAAGCAGACUUACUUACAUUUAAAAUGCAGAUUUAAAUCACUAAAAUAGGGUAAUCCACCAGCUUCAAGGGAGACACUGACUUAUAAUAUUCUGUGUUUUCAUGUUAUGUAAAAUGUUUGUUGUACACAUUUCCAUGUGUAUAUACAUAUAGAUACUUUUUUUUGGUGUUGUGUACAUGUUUUAUUUCCUGUGUCAUUUGACGUGAGCUGCUGUAUUUUGUGGGAGGAGGUGGGGACUGUAAAAUGGAGACGGAGGAUCUCAACAACUGCAGAAAGAGGGGACAGACUGCUCUCUAGUGUGCAUAUAUUUACAGAGUGUGGCUGCCUUUUGCCUAUUGUACACUAGAUUCUGACUCUCAACUCCCACAGCAGUGGAAGCAUAUGAUGACUUUACAAUGGAUUUUGUGAAAAAAAAAAAAAAAAAAAUCAGCAUCAUUUCGUGUUAUUUUGAUAUAAAUUCAAAUUAUGUUUACAAAGUGUUAUUCAAGAGGAAUAAUAAAUCAAACAAACAUGUUUUCAGAAUUCA